CAGGUUUUCCCCGUUUGAGCAAUUAAGGAAGGAAGAUAAUUAAACAGUCCACCAGAGACGCAAAGCAAUAAAUAGUAAAUGCCAAAUUACCAAAUAAGCCAUUCCAUAUCUAUCUAAAAUUGCGCACUCAAAACCCAAAUCAGAAAAAUCAGAGAAUGUUGGUGGUGCCUUGUAAGUUUUUUUGGUAAUUAAGUAAAGCGAUUGCGUGUGUGUGUCACAUCCAGUUGAGAGAUACUGAGAGUUGUGAUGGGUUGCGCCGCCUCAAAGGUAGAAGACCUUCCGGCGGUGGCAUUGUGCCGAGACCGGUGCAAGUACCUGGAGGAAGCUCUCUGCCAGACCCAAGCCCUGGCCGAUUCCCACCUCGCUUACUUAGCCUCUCUCAGGACCCUUGGCCCCGUUCUCCACCGUUUCUUCCAUGACACUCCUGCAGGUACUGGACCGCCGCCGCCACCAGAAUCAGACUCGCACCUCCAAUUCCCUUCCGACUCUGAAUCCGAAUACAAAGAGGACCACACCGAUAAACAGUUGGGAGAAACGCCGACACCAGUUUCUGUGCAUGAUCAAUGUUUCAGGAAAAGGGAGGAGGAGGUCUUCAAAAAUUUAGGCGGCAGACUGACUUCCGAACUCCCUCCUCCACCACCGCCUCCGGUCAGCUCCACUUGGGAUUUUCUUAAUCUAUUUGAUGCCUACGAGAGGGAGAGUUACCUAGCACCCCUUUAUACUUGCACUACUUUGGUUCCUGAAGAAGCUGCUCAUACUUCUGCAUUUGUUGCUGCCGCUGCUGACAAAAUCAAUAACGAGAUCAAUGUUAAACACAAUACUAAAAAUAUUGACGAUGAUCAGGAAAGGGAGAGUAGGUCGCCCGAGAAGGGUAAGACGACUCACAUGGCGACGUCGACAGCAACUCCUCCGUCUGUCUCUGUCUCUCCCACUGUCCCAGAAGCAGCAGAGGCGAUGCGAGAGCUUCAUCUUCUGUUUGACAGGGCGUCUGAGUCCGGUAAUCAAGUUUUAUUGUCGCUGCAGUCUCAUCAUCUCACAAUUUCUCUUGAUCAGGAGUAUGGAUUUGAUGACCAUGAAGGCUUGGUUAUGAGUUCACAGAACCUUUCUUACACUCUGAAGACGCUCUUCCUGUGGGAAAAGAAACUUUACCAUGAAGUCAAGGCUGAGGAAAGAUUGCGCGUUACGCACGAGAAGAAGAGUAGAAUGCUGAAACAUUUGGAACAUAGCAAGGGUACUACUACUAGUGCUGCUCAGUCUCCCAAACUCAACUCCCUUCGCAGUGCAGUCCGCGAUCUUUUAACAAAAAUGAAAAUUGCAAUUCAGAUUGUUGACAGAAUAUCAAUUACCAUCAAUAAGUUGAGGGACGAGGAGCUAUGGCCGCAGAUUAUUGAAUUCAUCAACAGGUUACUCAACAUGUGGAAAGCUAUGGUAGAAUGUCACAAGAGUCAGUACCAAGCAAUGGUGGAAGCCAAGGGUUUAGAUGGCGUCGCAAUAUCCAAUGCAAAAUUGAGCAGCGCGCAUAAGGCUGAAACUGCAAUUCAACUCAAGUUAGAGCUUCAAAACUGGAAUGUGUGCUUCUCCAAAUGGAUUGUCGCCCAAAAGGGGUAUGUAAAAGCAUUAAAUGGAUGGCUUCUGAGAUGUCUUCUACACGAACCGAAUGUGGGCGAUCAAGAAUUAACAGCGGACGAGGGUAUUGGAGCACCGCCUGUUUUUGUGAUAUGUAAUGAGUGGUCACAAGCUAUGGAUAGACUCUCAGAGAAGGAAGUUGUUGAAGCCAUCAGGGGAUUCUGGACUAGUAUACAUACGCUUUUAAUGGAAGACAACAAUAAUAAUGUAGAAAUGGUGCAGCAAAGGAUGGUAGCUGAAAACAAAGAUAUAGCCAGGAAAGUAAAGUUUUUGGAGGAAGAGGAGGGGAAGGAGCAGAAGAUAUUGCAUAAGCUGAUACGCGGUAGAGGAGGGAAAAAGAACGUUGGUUCGAGUAGCUUGCGAGCAGGAGAAGACGAGUCACAGAGAGAGAGAGUGCAGCAACAGAGUAGUAGUGAUCUAGUGUGGGAUCUGAAGCAGACAUUGAUGGCGAUGGAGAAAUUCACUGCAAACUCAUUGCAAGCAUACAAUGAGCUUCAUGCACACAUUGAACUAGAGCAAGUCAGCUGCAGGCAAUCUGGAAUAUCUGGAUGAUGAAUUAAUGACAACCUUGGCUUAAUUCUUCUGAUACCAAAUGAUUAGUUUGUUGUUUUGUUGCCAUGGGUGCUUAAGGUUUUGCUCGUCAAAUUAGCAAUAAGAUUAGACACCUGGAAGUUAUAUAAAUUGGCCUUGCCUUAUUAUGCAAUUAUAUAUGUUGAUCACCUGUUACAAGAAUUUUGGAGAUGCAAAUAUUGCUUAUUAUAAGGCAAAACAAAUGGGUUUAUCCAUUAGUAAUUCCAUGCUUCCUCUGACUAGUGACAACCUUUUGGGAGGGUCAUCCCAACUCCGGUGCAAGUAGUCGGACAAAUUUACAUAU